AUUUUGUGUUAUCUUGGACCCAAGGUGGCCGGCUUUCAGAAAACACUGAAGGCAAACAACACAGGAAGUAUCGCCAUUUUGAAGUCUAACUAUUAAACAAAAGCUGUUUAUUAUUGAUAAAAAAUUACAUUAGAAUCUAGAAAUCACAUAAUAGUACAUCAGUACACAAGUUUUGUUUAUAUAGAGUGAUAUAUAGGCCUACCUUUCUUUCAUCCAUACAUUGAUCUUUGCAUCUAUGAUAGUUAUAGUGAAUGAAUUCAAAUGGAAUACGGAACCUCUUGAUAAAAUGUGAUAAGCUCAAAGUGUUUUUGUAGUUUUAAGAUUUUCUUUUUACCUGAUGAACACCUAGACUUUGGUUGGGACACAACAUGGAGAGCUGUCUUUGUAUUUCCCUAGUUGUUAUUUGUAUGAUGAUAACAUUACCAGCUGUCAGAGCUGCAUGUUUGUUUCCUAGCUACUAUGAUGGCAGCUGGUACCACAGAGAGUCCGGCUCGGACACAAACCUGAUCAUCAGUUCUAGCAGAGGGACGUGGGAUACUAAUCGGGAGUGUUACCAACUCUACAUGCAUCCCAAAACUAUCGCAGGGGGGGAGGGACAAAACGCUACAUUGUUGCUAAAAAGAAUCAACGCCAACUGCUACAUUUGUAUGGACGUCAUCUAUAGAUCUAUUUAUAUCAUGCAGUAUAGAAGAAGUGAAUGCAUCACAAGACCUGAUAUCAAUUUAUGUCCAGGGAUGACCAGACUCCCUGAACACAACGAGGUCGUCACCAUGUUUAAACAAGUUAGCCCUUCUAUGGACUGCAUUGCUAGCUUUGAAGGACUUUAUCAAUUUACCUAUGAAAUUAACGAAAAAGGUGGAGGUAUAUGCAAUAAUUCUGAAAGUAUAUUGGAAGCCUGUCAGACUCCUGGCUCACCGAACUAUGACAAUAAAGACUUCACUAUGAAAUAUAGAGAUUGUCCUGAUAUACAGUCCAGCUUCAGACAAACUAUCCGUUACAAAUGUAUGGGUACUUGGGUGGCCACUAUGAACAACAGCACCUACACUUUUGUUGGACUGGUCCACGAUGAAACAGGUGUAGUGCAAGACAAAUACAAGUGUCUGAUGACACUCAGGGAUCAGCAUUCUGAAGACAAUACUAUAAGAUGGGGACUUAGCAGAUUUGGGGACUGUCGAAAUUUGAAAAGUCUGGAGCAAUCCCCUAUAAGGAUAGUGUUGCGGCGAGUUGCCCCAAAGACGAGCUUCAUGACCCCGAAAUGUACAUUGCCAAGAAACAUUACCGGAAACUGGUUCACGCAAGGAAUUCAGUUCGCGUCCGACGUCUGGAUCAACGACACUCACAUACAUUAUAAAACAAUGAUCAGCCAGUUCGAGUACGAGGAAACAUGGUUCUCUUGCCAGGCCAAUCUGGGCACCAGAUAUUUGAUGGCUAAGGUGGUGGUGGGGAGGUGCGAGAUUAGCUUUGUCUGCUUCGACCUCGUUCCUCGCCACGACGGCAUUGUUCGUUAUAGAGUCGGUCGUUCUACGAAACUACCCUUCUUGUUGGAUGAGCGGGCUCGGGACAAAGAGUUUCUGUCUGAUUCUUUCAGGGAGACUUGUAGUUGGCAGUGGCUCACGUUCUCAAGAGAAAAUGUGAAUUGGAAGUACGAGGUUCUUGUUCAAAAUCCACCUUCUCCGGUGAUUUGUCCUAUUGGUGGAAGAUACUCAUUCAGACAAUUCUCUAAUGAUUUCUUUCAACUUUACGAUACAAGAAUACGUGGCAUGACGCUAAGCCCUAGGAAUCAGAUAAAUUGUCUUCUGAAUGUCUCAGAGUUCAAAUCUUGCGAUGGCGAUUUAAGCAAAUUGGAGAUAGAUGCUUCCUACUGCGAGACUGUGGACUACAGAGGACGCCCUAUAGGAGAAUACGAUGAGCCUGACCAUAUCCUAACUUGUGCUGGGUACUGGCUAGAGGACAUGAAGUCUUACCUUAUCACGUACGACGAAGAAGACGCCAUUUCUAAAUUUAGGUGCUGGGUGUACGAGCGCAUCAGUUGGACGGACAUUGCAAUGUCAAGGUCAGAAACAGCCAGGUGCCCGAAGAAUCAAAAUUCCAGGAGUUACGAGAUCGAUGGCGCUAGGCUUUACUUACAGCUUACAGAGACAGAGAGACUUUUUGAUGACUGCCCGCCAAGGUUUGAUUCUGGAAUAGUAACCAAUGCCAAACCCAGAAGUUUGUAUGUUUUAAACAGCGGCUCUGACUACUUAAAUGCGCGAGGUCUCUGGUUCAUAGCCUUGCUUGCAGUACUGUGUUUAUAUGACAUAAUCUUCACAAAGCAACACUUUUUGAACAAUGAAAUCUAAUAAAAGAUCUGCUAAUUAAGAAACAAAUCUAUAGCUCGCCUUGACCAGUGAUGAUUCUUGAGGCAUCCAGUAGGCAGUCUUACAGUGUAUACAAAACGGUAGACAUAACGGCAUGACAGUAAAAAGUGUUGCUCAAAGUUUCUAGUUUUAAGCAAAAUGCUUCGAAAUUUAGUAUUCACAUUUUAUCUCCAAGAAACCAUUGCUGCUUGUAGCAGCCAUCUUUUGUAUUGGAAAAACAAUAAAGUAUUAAGGUCUA